AUGGGGCACGCCAUGGUUGCCGUUGGCCCCUUCCCCGCAGACAACAUCAUUGAUAUCGUCUCCAACAUCGCAGGAUCCCCGAUCAAGAGCCUCUCCGUGCAGUGCUACGAAGACGACAUCAUAGAAAUCUGCUCCAUCCUCCAUGCGACGUUAGCUGUCAACGACAAUGACAAUAAUGAUACACUAUCUAGCAGUAGCAACGAACAAUCCACAUAA